AUGACAAGGCUCUUCAUCCCUCUCGGUUUUGCGGCUCUCGCAUGGUGCGUGGCCUGCUCGCCCAUGGCUGAGCCUGCCAUCACCCAGGCGCCUAGUCUUGGAAAGAGAGCGACCACCUGUACAUUUUCUGGAUCUACUGGUGCAUCGCAAGUCAGUGUGUCCCAAAAAUCCUGCUCAACCAUCAUUCUUUCGGCUGUGGCUGUUCCUUCCGGUACGACGCUAGAUCUAAGUGAUCUUGCAGACGACACUACGGUUAUUUUUGAAGGCGAGACCACCUGGGGAUACGAGGAAUGGUCUGGUCCUUUGCUCCAAAUCUCAGGUACCGGCAUUACUGUCAAAGGGGCCAGCGGUGCGUAUCUCAACCCUGAUGGAGUGCGCUGGUGGGACGGCGAAGGAUCUGACGGCGGGAAAACAAAACCGAAAUUCUUCUAUGCCCAUAAUCUCGCAUCUUCUACAAUCACCGACCUAUACAUUGAGAAUACUCCGGUCCAAGCAGUGAGCAUAAGUGGCUGUGACGGCUUGGUUAUUACGAGUAUGACCAUCAACAAUGAAGCCGGUGAUACAGAGGGUGGUCAUAACACCGAUGGGUUUGACAUCGGCGACAGCACAAACGUCGUUAUCACUGGCGCCAACGUAUAUAAUCAAGAUGAUUGCGUUGCAGUCAAUUCUGGAACAGAUAUUACUUUCAGCGGUGGUGUUUGCUCCGGAGGACAUGGACUCUCUAUAGGAAGCGUGGGCGGCCGCAGCGAUAAUACAGUUGAUACAGUCACUUUCGAAAACUGUGAAGUCAAAGAUUCUGUCAAUGGUAUACGCAUCAAGGCUACAGAAGGCGAUACCGGUGAGAUCAAGGGUGUCACCUACUCUGAGAUCACGCUCGACAACAUUACCGGUUAUGGAAUUCUUAUUGAACAGAACUAUGACGGUGGAGAUCUUGAUGGGGGUACACCCUCGAGUGGAAUUCCGAUCACAGAAUUGACUAUUGAUAAUGUAUCUGGAAGUGAUGCAGUUUCCUCGAGUGGGUACAACAUUGUUAUUGUUUGUGGCAGCUCUGGUUGCUCUGACUGGACUUGGCGCAAGGUUGAUGUCACGGGAGGCAAGACAUACAGCAGCUGUGAAAAUGUUCCGAGCGUUGCAAGCUGCUCUGAAGGGUGA